CCAAGAGCAGUGCUAGGAGUGAGUGAUGUGUCGUUAUCUGUUAAUAAUGGCGGGAGUUCGUCGAUAUGAAAAGUUCUUUAAAAACUUCUGUAUUUCGAUGUUAUGAACGAAAAGUAUACUCAAAUAGUUAAGAUUUAAUAAAAAUAUAAUUGACGAAAACAAACGUUGAUAAAUGUUAGCCCACCGGUCAGGAUGUCGGUUAAUUUAAAGUGGCGGUUACCUGACGUUUUUUGUGUAGUGUGUUGAAUGGAUGGCGGAAUUAAGUUUAAUUCGCUCUCGCUGCGCGGGAAUGGAUGAAUAAGUGGUUGGAUAUAUUCAGUAUACUUUCGAAAUGCCUUUCGUUGAAAGGGUGGUAGAACCGAAGUUUCUUUCGAGAACUAGUUUACGGGAUGAAACCGGGAAACAGAAAGUCACGGAUGAAGAACUCCAGGCUGUAACUAACUGUACAUUGAGUAAUGCUCUUCGUCAACUCGCUUCCCUCGUGCUUCUAGCCGAGGAUAUAUUUAAUGAGCUGACAUUACAGCUUGAAGGGAUCACAGAACGGUCCAAGGUUGCUCAAGUAAAAAUCGGAAAGAUCAGCGAGCUGGUUGAAAAUUAUGACCCGAAGAAAGUGCCAGUCCCGGAGGGAAGCCUGUCUGACUUUGCAGUACGCAAAGUCCACUACACGGCUAAUAACCCUCUCAAAAAAGAUCUUUUUACACCGGACACGAGGCCUACAAGCUUACGCAAGUUGUACGAAAAGGCAACUACCGACCGACUUUCGGCGUCGAUUCUCGAUCAACUCAGGAAAGAUUCGCAGUAUUCACCGUUCUUACUAUGUACACCCGUACUGAGUACAAAAAGAAGACGUGUCUAUCCUAAAGUCGAUGAGAUCGAAACUCGUAUUCCGUCAGUAGUUGAGCAGCUUCGGAAAUGGACUUCACGCGAAGCAGUGGGCGACGUGACGGCGCUGCCGGAUGCGUCUAUGAGAAUCGUGAGCGGCGUCACAUUGACGCCAGAUGAACUCUCGGAGUGCGGCUCUGGGGACGAAGAGCCGAUAGACCACCGGCUGCCGAGCCCUGAAGAACAGUUGCGCGUUAUUGCUUCAAAAUUCCCGCCCGAACUUGUGGCUAUAGAUACGUCCGGGAAAUUCUUCGAUAGAAUGUGUUCUUCCAGAAAAUCACUUCACGUGGAAAUAAGUACUGGUGAGACGGACACGGUAAAACGGCGGACUCGCACCAGAAAACCACGGGGUAAAAGACGAAACACCAUUUCGGGCACUGAUCAAAAAGAGCUUAGAGAGGCUAUUGCUGGUGAUACACCAAACGCUGAGGCUUCUGAAGAUGUUGAAGAUAGCAUUGUAAUAAGAUCACGAUCAAGCGAUCUACUUAAGAAAAGUCCUAUAGACACGAUUAUAAAGAAAGGUCAUUUCAAUAGCUUGAAGCAAUGGGGGAAGAAUAGACUAAAAAUGAUCGGAAGGUCUCCAAGUGCCAGUAGAGAAAAUUUCAGAGAAUCAUCUAAAAACGAGAAGAGCAGAGAAUCUAUGUCUCCACAAGCAACUGAAGAUGUACAUGAAACAACAGUCACAUUGCGAAAGAAACGUUCUAAUGAGGAGGACCGAAGAACGCAUCAACGAUGCGCAUCUUAUUCAUCAUCUGAAAAGAGUAUCGGUGUACCCACUAAUGUACCACCAACAGCCACUAUUAAUAGUGGAGUUAAAUUAAGAGGUACAUCUACUCAGCGUAGAUUAAGGCGAACAAGUGUUAAUAAAGAAGAACCUCACUCGUCAAGUGGAAACUGGUCUGCAAGUUCUGAAUCAGGUCGAACUAGUAUAGGAUCUGAAAUAACCACUACAACCGUUCCACCAAAAAGCUCAACUUCCGCGGCAACGUCCAAUAACUCACUUAAUUUUCACCACGGUCCACCUAGCUCUAUUAUUAGUAGAAGAAGAUUUCUCAACACUUCAGGUUCUGGUAGUGUCACUAGCGAAGGCACUCUUACCCCUGAUAUUAUUCACGAUUUACAUGAAGACCUUGAAACUAGCUCAGAAUUCUCUUGUGAUACCGAAGGUUAUUAUACAUCUUUCCAUAUGGAUUCUGGACUUAAAACACUUAAAGAGGAAGAAAUAUCCCCGAGUACUCCUUUACAUACAUCAACUGCUUUAUCUUCUACCUCUUCCAAUAGCCAAAACCUAACAGCCGAAAAUGAAUAUGAAUUAUUUGGUAAAGGCUCAACAAGCACUACAACAAGUUCGGCUGGAACGGUGUGCACGACGUUAAUGGCAGCUGGAAGUGAUAGAUCGUUAGCGAUAGGUCCAACAGUACCUGAGCGUAAAAGUUCAUUAACUAAAAUAAAUCGUAAUAGAGGCAAUAACAUCCAUAGUGCGAAUGCCAGUUUAGAUAGAGGUUCUAACUUUAGUAAGUCACCUUACAGCAGUCUGCGUUACAAUGCAAUGCGGUCAUAUGCAGAUAAACAUAUUUAUAAUCAAUCGUCGCCAGAAAUUAAUGCUGUCUCUAAUAAUUCAAUGCCUAUUACAAGAAGUAUGGGAAAUCACCGUGAGAUAACCGCAGUUGCAGAAGUACAUACAGAAACUGAAAUAGAAUGUGCAAAAAAGAGUACAGGAACUAGUUCUCCGGAUUCUGGUCACAAUACUUCAAGCUCUCCAAUUGAAGAUUCUGUAUCAAGUGCUCAUGGUAAAAAUAGCCUUUCUGAGCAAGAUUACUCUGAAUCGUCUGAUCUUGAAGGUACUGAUAGAAUAGAACGAAUUAGGUAUAAAACUACUAUUAACAGUUCGAGAAUUCCAUCAAUGUGUGUCAUUACUCCAACAAAUUCAGACGAUGAGAGCGAUGUAAACCAUAAAGAUUCAAACAAACAUCGACAUAAUGAAAACCCUAAUGAACACCCAAACAAAUUCCAAAAUCGACCUAAAUUAGAUUUACCUUCGACUGAAAAACAAUCAAAUACUAAAACUAAUGAUACGGUUAAAAAUAACAAACCACAAAGCCAUCUUAAAUCAUCAUUGCAACCGUUCAACAGUUUUAUGUGUAAGCUAAAAGGUGUUUUACCACAUAAAUUAUCAAAUAAAAAGUCACCAAUCAUGAAAGACGAAGAAAAUAAUUUUGAAGACUUCCUAGAUACCGGAGAUUAUGUUACAAUAGCUGAUGUCAAAAAUAAUAACCAGAAAAUAUGUCUGAACAGAGGGAGCUAUGCAAAUAAUGAUAUAAUCGGAAAAAAUCUCCAGUCGGUAUUGUCUGGAAAACCAGAAACUGAAUAUGUUUCUUUAAAUGAGCUCCCUAAUUGUUUAAGCGGAAGCAAAGACUAUUUAGAUCACGGUUUAGAAGAAAAACAAUUAGCCGCUAUGGAAGAAAUGCAAAAAAGGGGCGCCAAAGUAACUUUAGAUUCACAGGGGAAAGUCAUCUUCUCAUCAGAUACGUUAAAAAGAAGAAAAGGAGCACAUACAACUUUUGAGCCAGGUCCAUUUGUACAAGAAAUAUCACCUACAACGACAGUUAUUAAACGCGAAAACGCGGAUGUUAUUACAGUAACAGAUGAAAUAGAUUUUCCUUAUGAACCACCUUCUCCAUCUAGCAAACCUACGUCACCCCAAUUAGGAAAGAUGAUUAUUAAAGCUCCUCUACAACCACAUGGAGCUGUUACAACAGAAUUUAUAACUCUACCACCACCAAAGCCAAGUACUAUAAUCACCGCUACCCCAGUAACAGAAACGCCAACUCUUGCCAAUAACCCUCCUAUUACCGUUUCGACGAAAAAUUCAAACUUGCCAAGAAUUGUUGAAGCUAUCACAAGAACAGGAGCAUAUGUAAACAUACACGAUGCAGAGGGUGUCGGCUUAUCACCAACGAAAGAUGAUGCAACAGACGACAGGACCGCUUCAAAUGGUUUCCAUUUUAACAUCGAGUCGAUCUUCGAAGACUAUCUACAUUCCAAUGCUGACAAAACUUUGCUCAACGGACAAGAAAACACCAUGAAAAAUAGUGGGCCAAAAAUAGAUAUUAAUUCGCCUCCCAAUACUCGUCAACAUAAUAACAUUGCUAAUAUAAAUGGGAGAUAUGGUAGAAGAAAUAAUUAUGAUACCGAGAACUCAAAUCCUAAAUUUUGGACUCUUCCAAAACGAAACACAACGGAGCAGCAAAACUCGCAGGCUGAUUUCUUGUACACAAAUACCCUACAACUCCCUAAAAUUUCCAAAGAUUCCGCGAUAAAAGCAGAAUUGAAAACUAAAAAUAAUUCUGAAAUAAUACAUGAUCAGUCAAUAAGGAUAUCGCCAAUAGAUCCUCGAACAUCUACAACCUUCAAAUCGUCAACUCCAACUACAAAAGAAAAUGUUGUUGAUUUAACAUCUAAACUCAUGUCGCCCAUAAAAUCGACUAUGACUAAUGAAGAGCUAUACGCUGUAAUACACAAAAGUAAAAAAAAAUUAAAUAUAAAGGAAGUACCUGAUCGAGUUGAUUCACCUGCACUUUCUACAGUGAGUUUAUCGCCAGUUAGUUCCGAGACAUCCUUAUAUAGCAAAACUUCGCAACGACAUCCAGAAACUGGGUAUUUAGGUGAACCAAAAAGUAGAAUGUCAUGGUCUCCUGCCGACAAAUAUAGUGCACUUCCCAAUACAUUUGGGAUUCAAAAACAAGAAACCACAUGCGCCGAUCGAUUUGGGCCAAUACAACAAACUUCAAGAUUAGAUUUUAAAAAGCUUUUGUUACAACAUAGCGUUAAAUUAAACACAUUAAGCCCUCAAAACAAGUCCAAUAAGUUAUCAGCAGUAGAGCAGUUAAAAAUAUCAAAAGAAAAAAUCCAAGCACCCGUUACUCCGCCUGGGCAUAGAUCACAGAUUAAUAUUCUUGAUCUCAGUUCUUCUCCAAAAAUUUACGCGCAGAGGAAAAUAAUAAAAUCUAGUAAUCAACCCUUAUCGCCUGGGAGAACCAAUGCUUUGUUAAAGGAUCAUAAAAACACUCCAAAAAUACUGCUUUCACCAAAAUCACAGUGGAGAUUUUCAAGUCCAAGAUCUGACGUUUUAUCUACACCUAUACCAGAGGCACACAAUGAAGAUGAAAAUAAUUCAAACAGUUCUGGUGAAAAACGCGAUACUUCUCCUAUCAACCCACCGUCUAAAACAGUUCCUAUAGUUACUAAUCAACAUUUUGGCGCGCGUAGAAAUCUAAUUCCCAUAAGUGAGCCAUCCAGCCAGAAUUCAGAAAUAGCCAUUACUGACACAGUUAACCAAGGUGUGUUUCCGUUGGCGAGUGAAUAUACAAUGUCACAAGGACUAUCUCGAUCAGAAAUUUUACAGGCAAAGAGAGCAGAAUUUUUCAACUCGUCUCCAAAAUUAUCUCCCCCAGCGUUAACAUCUUUUAUGAGACCUGAACACAUACCGAGAAGCAAAGCUUCGCCAGAAAGAGGAAAAACGUCACCAACUACAUUAGAGACAGCUUUAUGAUAUUGAUAUUAGUGACAAGAAAUUUAAGAGGUGCUCUGAAAAUGUGUAAAUAUCACAGGAAAUUUCAAAGAAGCUUUAAUCUAGUCUCUUCUCGCUAAUAAGUGACAUUUAGGCUGGCACUUCCAGUUAUUAAUAUUAGCCGAGUGUUAAGUAUACUUGUACGAGUACACAGUGAAGUUAAGUUAAAAUGUUUCUCGGUAAUUGUAUGCUCUAUUGGGGC